CGAGUGCUUUAUUAUGCAGAUGUCAGUCACAGUUUCAUCCUUAAGGUUGAAUUGAAUUUCAUUCCACUCCCCCCCCGUAAAGCAGGGAAAUCAUUCUCUGUAUGGAUGAGGAAUACAGCAGAUCCUCCCCAAAACUACAGUAUGUGCUCUCAGGGCUCACUGAGUUUCCCUUUUAAUUUAAAAGUAAUUUGUUCAUUCUUUCCAGUUAACAUCAAUUUGGAGAUGUGUCCUUGUAAGGAUGAGUCACCUCGUGCCAGGAGUUUGAGCCUUAUUUUGCCUUCAGAGACCCUUUUAAAGUAAAAUUUCUCAUGUGCAGAACUUGCUCUAAUAAUGUCCAAGGGUGACCUCUCCAAAGGCUUGGUGCUUUUCUCUUGGCUGUUCUUGUGAGGAAUGGUGCUCUUCACCUUUUUUGCCCAAUGGGAGGAUAGCUGCCACAAGCCAGUGCUUGCAAAACACCUCCAAAUGUGAGGGGGAAAGCCGUGAUGUGUCAUUAAGGGUUCAGAGAAACGAGGAGCUGUUUUGAAGGUACUUUCAGGGCUUUCCUAUCACUGCUGAGGCUGAAGAGCCUUUUCACUUGGAGGCAGCCCUGCUUUUAGAGAAGAGGAGCACGCCAAGGGGGAAACGGAGGAGAAAACAUCUGUGGGGCCGUGGGAUGACAGUGACAGAGUGCUGCGUGCGGUGACGGUGAAUGGUUCUUGGUGCUGGUGUAGAAAGCCUGGAAAAUAUUCCUGGGCUGAUGCCCAGGCAGAAGCUGUGUGCUUCUGAAGUUGAGAUGGAGCGUUCGUGUUAAGAAAAUUGGUUGUGAUUUUGUCCUUGAAAACAAAUGCAACGGUCGUUUCUGAGCUUUGUGAGAUUAGGGUAUGCCAACAGGGAGCUGCGCUUGGAUGUUCUCAGCGGCGUUCCUUUAUCGUCUCCCUCCCUCCCCACGUUUUCCCGUCCUGCUGCGCUCAGAAAUUGGCGUGACCCGACCCGGAGCCGCGGGGAUGGCAUGCGGGCUGUGCUGGCACUGCUGGGAGGUGGAUGGGAGCCCUCUGCCCUGGCUCCGGAGUCGCGAGACAUCUGCUCGACUUGUUUGCGGCUUCCUGUUUGGCAUCUUUUGGGCAGAAGGGAGCUGGCAGAGGCUGAAGGAGGGAAUUUGAGUCACUCGGGAGCCCUUUGCCAGAAAGCGUCUGACUCAGCCCAACUGCGGAGAAAUGAAUGUGGGAUCCAGCUGCCUCGCAGGGUGGGAACCUAUUCAUGAGUGGGAAAGGGUUGGUCAUCUACCCGGAGAUUGGGGACAAACUGGACAUUAUCUGCCCCAAGGCGGAGCCGUCCAAGCCUUACGAGUACUACAAGCUGUACCUGGUGAAAAAGGAUCAGGCAGAUGCCUGCAGCACUGUCAUGGACCCCAACGUGCUGGUGACAUGCAACCGGCCCGAGCAGGAGAUCCGCUUCACCAUCAAGUUUCAGGAGUUCAGCCCCAACUACAUGGGCCUGGAGUUCAAGCGGCAGCAGGAUUACUUCAUCACAUCCACCUCUAAUGGGACACUGGAUGGCCUGGAGAACCGGGAAGGAGGGGUCUGCCAGACGCGCUCCAUGAAGAUCGUCAUGAAAGUGGGGCAGGAUCCAAACGCGGUGAUCCCGGAGCAGCUGACGACGAGUCGGCCCAGCAAGGAGGCAGACAACACCGUGAAAAUCGUGACACAGAGCCCACGCCACAAAGUCCCCACGGUGGAGGAGCCUGGGAAGCCAGGCUCCGUCAACCAGAACGGCCAGGAGACCCAAGGUCCCAGCGACGGGUUCUUGAGCUCCAAGGUCGCCGUUUUUGCCGCCAUCGGCGCAGGCUGCGUCAUCUUCAUCCUCAUCAUCAUCUUCCUCGUCGUCCUCCUGAUCAAGAUCCGCAAGCGGCACCGGAAGCACACGCAGCAGCGGGCCGCAGCCUUGUCCCUCAGCACCUUGGCCAGCCCCAAAUGCAGCGGGAACGCCGGCUCAGAGCCCAGCGACAUCAUCAUCCCCUUACGGACUACAGAGAACAACUACUGCCCGCACUACGAGAAGGUGAGCGGGGACUACGGGCACCCCGUCUACAUCGUGCAGGAGAUGCCCCCUCAGAGCCCAGCCAACAUUUACUACAAGGUGUGAGGAGCAGCCUGGGCAUGCCAUGCAGGAGCGCCCGAUGGGGCCGGCGGCGGGAGGCAGCGUGGUGCCCGGCCGCGGCACGGCGCGGGAGCGCAGGGGUCUGGCGCCUGGCAGCGCCGUGCUCACCCGUGCGCUGCCUCUCCCUCUUUGUAUUUAGUUUUGUAGUUCUCAGCUUUUGUAAUCCCAAGACUUUGAGGGUGAGUCGCCAGCAUCCUCCUCUCCUGCUCGGACUGUGGCUGCAGCGCGCGCUCUGCCUUCCCGCGCCCGCCUGCGCGCCUCCGGCACCCGCGGACUCCCACCUCCCCUUCUGCACUUUGGGAUUUGCCCUCGUCGCCUCCACGCCAAGUGCCCGUGCGGGGGGCCUGGGAGCUGCGACGGACGCCGAGAGCAGCAGCGAGGAGCCCUGGGAGGAGGAGGAUGCUUCGCCCAGGUGCCGAGAUGCAGAGAACUGUGCAGGGAGGAAGCUGGCAAACCCGAUUUACUACUACUACUAUUAUUAUUAUUAUAAUUAUUUUAAUUUUUUUGUAACAUUUUUAUUUUUGUGAAUCGUGGCGGGACCCCCCCGCCCUGGGCACAUGCCACAGCCUCCUUCCAGCACGCCGUCCUGCUGGCGCAGGCAGAUCCGCCGCUGCCGUUUUAAACUUUUGUGUUCGUAGCUGUUGACUCUUGUUUUAGUCUCUUUAUAAAAAGAAAGAAAGAAAGAAAAAAAAAAAAAUAAUCACAUAAAUGAUGUCUCAAGCAUUCAGCGCGUGGGGCUCCAAGCACUCCUUCUGCCUGUGGAGCAGCAGCAAUCCUGGGCAACCCCAGGGCAUCCUCCUGCCCAGGGCUCCGGGCAGUAUGGGGCAGAGGAAGGCCCCUUGCAGGUUCCCGUCAGGCUGGGACUGCUGGAAGCAAAAUGUGGAGCAGCUGGGGGUGCAGGGAGGGCAGGGCUGGCAGCACGUCCCUUGUCACCGCUCCCGUCCCAGAGCUGGGGCUGCAGGUGGCUGGCCCGGGGUGCAGCCCUGCAGCGCUUCUCCUUGGAAAGCAAAACUGGAAAACAAUCAUACAGGACAUUGCCAGGAGCAAGCUGAAGUCUGGGUCACCAUCCAUCCAUCCUUCCAUCCAUCUUUCCAUUCAUCCAUCCAGGUAGGGCUGCUCACCCUCGGAGAGCUUCACCCCCCUCCUUGUCACCUCAGCCUCAUCGUGCCCUGGCUCGUGUUUGCAGGGGAGGUAUUGCGGUGCCGCAGCGCUCAGUGCUCCACGUGCAGCCAUCCCGCAGCCUCUGAUGCAGUUUCUCCAAGCCCAGCCCCCCUGGUUGCUCACCCAGCCCCCCCAUCACACCGCGCUGUGCCGCUGCCUGGCCCAUCUCAUGCCCUGAAGUGGAAGGGCUGAGCUUUGGACUGUCCUGGUGGGACGCUCCCAGCUCUCUGCCACCCUGGAUGCACGCUGGGGCCGGCGAUAACAGCCCUGUGCCCUGCCCUUCUCAGCCCUCGCGUUCCUUUUUCCUUUCAGAAGUAGCUGCUUUUGCUCAGGGAGUGAGUGUGGGGCGAGGGGGGGCUGCUGCCUGCCAUGUGCCCCUGGCCCCGCUUCUCGCCCUGCUCCGGGCACGUGCCUGCGGCUCCAAACUGGGCUGCAAAGUGCCCAAAGAGCGAGAGAGCUGCUCUGCCAAAGUGCCUUGAUGAGGAGAGGGCCGGGGUGGCAGGAGGGGGCAGCCCCGCUGUGCCAUCGGGGAGGGGUUGGGGCAGGAGUGCGGUCCUGAGCGGAGCGUUCCUUUGUGUUGCUUUGGUUGUGUUGUUUUGAGGUCGGGAUGGAGCAGUGCGGGCGGCCCCAGCUCUGCUCUCCUCCUCUGUGUGGGCAUCCCUCUCUCCUCACCCUCCCACAGAACGCCCUCCAGACCCCCUCAGCCCUUUGCCUUCCCCUACGGAUGUCUAUGCAGAUGCUGUGCUGCGCCGGCGCUGCCCCAGGCUGUGGGCUCUGCUCUCCAUCGCGGUAAAUUGUGUCUUAAAAAAAAAAUAA